AUGGCUGGUUCAGGUUCAGGUUCAGGUUCAGCACCUCACGCGCAAGCCUCUGGCUUAGUUAGGAUUCCCGUCGACCCCGAUUGUUGUGGGUUCUCAGAUUAUGGGGACUGCGCGAGCGAUACGACAUCAUUGUGUUUGGAAUUAUUUGAGGAUCACUUCGAAAAUGGCCGAAGGUACCAUGGUUAUAAUAAUGGUGCAUACUGGGCACCGAACGAUCAGCAACAGAAUGAACAGCUCGUGCUCGCGUACAAAUCCCCACUAGUGGCGCUCCUUCUCGCACCGGUUGAUCGUGACAUCGAAGUGAGCGAAGAGUUCUCGAUGUUGGAACCGGCACUGGAGUGGUACGUUCAUGCUGCUUUGACAUAUGUGCCGUACAAUACAUUAACCGACUUUGCCGACGAAUAUCCUUCAGCCGAAGUUAUUGGUACCGAUUUAUCACCCAUACAACCGGCCUUCGUUCCGCCAAAUGUUAGAUUCGAGAUCGAGGAUGCAACGCUUGAAUGGACGUUCCCGCAAGACCAUUUUGACUUGAUUCAUGUCCGCACUUUGUAUGGCUCCGUUGGGGAUUGGCCAGCGUUCUACCAGAGAACCCUUUCGCAUUUGAAACCCGGAGGUUGGUUUGAUCAACUGGAGAUGUCCGUCCAGUUUCAGUCCGACGAAAGAAACUUAAAGGACCACCAUAUUCUCAGUGUCUGGUCUAAGCUGUUCAUCAGAAUGGGGGAAAUGACAGGGAAGACGUUCCGUAUCGCGGAACUCGCCAAAGGAUACAUGGAAAAGGCGGGCUUCCAGAACGUGACUGAAGUGAGAUUUAAGCUUCCCGUCGGGACAUGGAGUAGCGAUAAGCAUAUGAAAGAACUUGGAGAGUGGAAUCUGCUCCAGUGUGACCAGGGCAUCGAGGGCUGGGCAAUGGCUCUUCUGACGAGGGUGUUGAAGUGGUCAGUUGACGAGGUAAAGCUUUUUCUUGCUGAAAUGAAAAUCGGGCUUCAGGAUAGCAAAGUCCGUGCGUAUUUCAAUGUGUGA